UGCACGCUACUUCACAUGAAUGGGAAUGGGAAGCAAUAGAGCAUGAGUUAUCAUUAUAAGUGUAUUCCUACUUAGAGGUUUUUCGAUCUAUGGGAAUUUUUGAUAACACAUACAUAUCCUUGUAAGGCUCAUAUUGUUUCAGAAUAAUUACGAAGAUUAUUUUCUCUUGAUUGAUCGGGUUGUUUGUGAGGUAACUGCUGCUGGAUAACUCUAGCCUAAUUAACGAUACCAACAAAUAACUGGCAGGCCGUAACAAUGCUGCAGGAAGUUCUGUCUUUACCAAUUGAAGACAAAAUAUUUUACGCUGUCCUGGUCUUCUCAUGGACGGUGUAUGUUUGGGAGGCCUACCUCGCCUAUAGACAGAGGAAGAUCUAUAGAACUACAAUGCAUGUGCCCACGGAACUGGGCAAGAUAAUGGAUUCCGAGACCUUUGAAAAGUCUCGCCUCUAUCAGCUGGACAAAAGCAACUUUGGCUUCUGGUCUGGACUCUACUCUGAGACAGAGGGCACGCUGAUACUGCUCCUUGGAGGAAUCCCCUUCCUCUGGAAAGUGUCAGGGAAUCUCACAGCUCAUUUUGGUCUUGGUCCAGAGUAUGAGAUCUCCCAGUCUUUGGGGUUUCUGAUGUUGGCGACUCUCUUUAGUGCCUUCACUGGCCUUCCCUGGAGCCUCUACAACACAUUUGUUAUUGAGGAAAAGCAUGGAUUCAACCAGCAGACACUGGGUUUUUUCCUGAAAGAUGCUGUAAAGAAGUUUGCUGUGACGCAGUGUAUUUUACUGCCAGUGACAUCAUUGCUCCUAUACAUCAUCAAGAUCGGAGGGGAUUAUUUCUUCAUCUAUGCCUGGCUCUUCACUCUCGCUGUCUCUCUGAUUCUGGUGACUAUCUAUGCAGACUAUAUCGCCCCCCUGUUUGAUAAGUUCACUCCGCUGCCAGAGGGAGAGCUGAAGAGCGAGAUUGAGAGCAUGGCAAAGUCCAUCCAAUUCCCCCUCACCAAAGUCUAUGUAGUGGAAGGCUCAAAGAGAUCUUCCCACAGCAAUGCCUACUUCUAUGGUUUCUUCAAAAACAAGCGUAUUGUGCUAUUCGACACACUUUUGGAGGAUUACUCUCCACUGAACAAAACCGAGAGGGCAGGGACAGGAGAGGAGACUGAGGAGACAGAGAAUGAAAGCAAGUCCAAACCAAAGAACAAGAAGCAAGGCUGCAAUAACCCUGAGGUUCUGGCAGUUCUUGGACAUGAAUUGGGGCAUUGGAAACUGGGCCAUACAGUCAAGAACAUUGUUAUCAGCCAGAUGAACUCCUUCCUGUGCUUCUUCCUUUUUGCUGUCCUGAUUGGUCGGAAGGAGCUCUUCGUGGCAUUUGGUUUUCAUUAUAGCCAACCCACCCUCAUCGGACUGAUGAUCAUCUUUCAGUUUAUCUUCUCACCUUAUAAUGAGUUGCUCUCGUUCUGUCUGACUGUUUUGAGCCGGAGGUUUGAGUUUCAGGCAGAUGCAUUUGCACGUGGUAUGGGCAGAUCAUCUGAGCUCUACUCUGCUCUCAUCAAGCUCAAUAAGGAUAACCUGGGGUUCCCUGUGGCAGACUGGCUCUUCUCUAUGUGGCAUUACUCGCAUCCUCCCCUGCUAGAGCGUCUCCGAGCUCUCACAGGACCCAAGCAAGACUGACCGCUUUGCAAGGGGGGCCACAUUCCCCAAUCGGUUCACCACUCGGUCCCUCGAGAAAGGGUCUGCUAUUGGCCCUCUGGAAUUAAUGCCUUUUUCUCUCUCUUUCCUUUCCUUUUCCAUGUCAACUUACUUAAUAAUUUCCUUUCUCUUCCUAAGUGUUUAAUUUGUCAGUUGUUUGUCAUUGGCUUGAUUGGAAAUCCAAAUUGUUUGCUGAUGGCUUCAGAAAACCGAUAAUGUACAAGAUGUUACUUAUUCAUCUGUGUGAGUUUAUGUGUUCAGUUAGCCUUCUGCAGUUGUUCUUGAUAUAAUUUUUAUUAUUUUAAUUCCUUUUUAUAUUUUAACUGUGAAUUGUCCCUUCCGGUUCUUCAUAGAUCCAUGCGUUUCCACUUUUAUUGUCAAUGUUUUGAUUUUCAAAGUGUUAUCCACUGUUUGAUCCAUGUGAACCAUGAGAGAGAAAUUAAGUUAAAGCAUCUUAUAGGGGCUUUCAGCACUAUGUGACACUCAAAAAUUCUUACAAUUAAGAAGGUUCAGAUGACAGAUGGUAUGUACAAACCAAUGAGACUUCUGACACUUAAAACACAGGAAGAAAAUUUGUCAUUUUGAUGACUUAUGGCUCAGUAAGGCCAGCUAAAAUGUUAAUUCCAAUGUUGGUUCUUUUGAAAAGACAUUGGGGAAAAAAAACCUUUGUUUUACUUUUGUAACCAGAAAUGUGUUGUUUAAAUAUGAAGUAUAAGCAACAUUCAAGGGCAGAAGUGACUUUCGAAAGUAUUUAAUGAAUUGUUAGAAAUAAUUGUUUUUAUUUUUAUUUUGUUUUUCUUUAUUUCCUCUUAAAAUCUGAACCCUGAAUCGUAAAAAUAAUAGUUUUGCUGGUGGAAAACUGGAUUUAGGGGGGUUUUCUAUGUUUUCACAUGUGAAGGCAUACACGUUUCUGUGAUAUUUGGCAUGCAAUAAAAACAUUGGACUGAGGCUUUUACUAUAUUUGAUAUUUUAAUGGCUUGAGCUCAUUUAAUGUCCACCUGAAAAUUAGGCUAAACGCUUCAUUCCAAAUUUAACAAAAUAGUCAAGUUCAAUGAUGGUACAUUUACACUCAGACUAAAGGAAUAUGUCCAGUGACAUCUGGGAUGAUUGGCCUGGAUGGAUGUGUUUUUCAUCACUAUGAAUAAAACUGU